GGGAGGCAAACACGUCAGGCGUUACAGGGACCGACCCCUGGGCGCAGGCAGGUCCAGUCACAGUCAUUUUGUAGGGUCUCUGUUCUGCAGAGCUGGCGCUCUAAUCUGCAUACCAAAAAAAGGGAUUCUGCAGAAGAGCUGACAAUCCACUGCACCACAAUGUCAUGCGGUGCUGAGAGGCUCAACUAACGCCGCAGGGUAUGGACGCUCCCCAAAGAUCCCAUUUUCUCCCCAACGCGGCCUAUUCUCUGAUCUUAUAGCUACAUUGUGUCACGGUGCUUUAACCAGAGAAGCUGACGAUCUAAUACACAUACUUGGCGGUGACCUCGUGAGCUGUAAACUACGAUCAGAUAUCGGAGGACCGACGUCCAUCUACAUCCAGCAGGACCCAUAAUAUUUAUUUAUUAUUCGUCUCGGACGCCGGAGCAGUCAUGGCUAUGGUCACAGGCCUUAUCCCAAUCCUCCGCACAGCGAUAGAGGCCACCACAGACUACAGCGGCCGCACCAUGUGGUUUGGCUUUGCGGUGGUCCGAUUACUGGCCCUCUAUGUGUCAGAGAUCCCUUGGGGUCGAUUGGAUCUAGACUUUGAGUGCCGUGGCGCCAACUCCUCGGAGUUUUGCCGGAAAGCUUGCUUCAGCUGGCACUUCAACGUGCCGGUCGUGUCUGCGUGGAACUCCUGCUACGUGUUUUUCGUGGUGUCCCUGCUUCUCAUGGAGCUCUUUACCUCCCAACUCAGACACAACCUCACCAAGAGGGCGGUGAAGAAGAAAGCCGCUCCGGUGGACGGGGUUCUGACCGGCGCAUGGUCCUCAGAGAUAGUCCACAAGGACGUGAUUCUGGAUUUCCACCAACAGAAGACCUUGCUGUCUCUCUACCUGGGCUGCGUUCUUCUGCGGCUGGCGGGGGAACUGGCCUUCCUAUACAUCCUGCUCUGGUGGCACCUGCCCCUGGUAUCUGGCGAGGCUUUUACCUGUGCCACGGAUUUGUGCCCCGGGCCUUACACCUGCUUGGUGAGGUUCCCUGCGGAGAAGCGGAUGUCUCUCUAUCUUUUAGGGUCUCUCUCUGCGGCGCUGGCUGCGGUGUGUGUGGUGUUUGGGUUGUAUAGCGGGUGUCAUUAUCUCAUCGUACCCCGUAGCCAUGACGACACCCCCGUGUAGGUCGAUAAGAGUUCAAUCCCAGUGAAAACUUCUGCCUCACCAUUUCAAGAUGCGUGUAGUCUGUUUACAUUCGUGGCACCGCACACAAUUAGUGUCAUUUUCCUAUCCGUUAACCGGAUCUACCACCAGUUUUUAUUAGGAUAAAAUAGACGUUCAAGAAUGUUUCUGUUUUCUUUUGUGCCCCAGUUGUAGUUUUUGCCCCAUAAUAUAAAGUUU